AUGAGCGAUGAUCAAGAUCAGAACGAAACCUCAUCUCAGACGUCUAGUCAUACACCAGGGCAUUGCCAUUGCCAUUGCCAUUGCGAGGACGACACGAGCAGCGAAUCCUCAAGCGUCCCUUCACCGCUGUUGUCGCGGCCCACGUCGCCGGAACAUGAUGAACCCAUGACGGUCGACAAGAUCCUACAGCAGAUCCGACAACUGGAGGCUGAAGAGCACGCCAAGAAAGACGGAGAACAAACCUUGCCAGAACCGUUGAGGGUACAGCUGCAUAUGGUCCUGCUGGAUGUAGAGUUCUUCGGGCCAUUGAUGUGCCGGACAUUAAAACCGCUUCUCGUGCUGUCUCUUGUGCGCCUACUCAGAGCACUCAAGGAACAUGUUCGCAACCAUCCCAGCUUCCACACCCACCGGGUUCCCCGGCCUGACAAAGAUCUCUUGGAAUACUGGGCGAACCUGGCCAAGUACACCAGGGCUUGCGUAAUCUGGUUUUUGGUCUGCGUCCGCGCGUGUCUUGGAUUCAAAAAGUACAGAUCGAAACUCGGCAAUGUCUCGGCGGACUUUCGGCUCCUAAGCACUAUAGGGUACUUGUCGCGCAUCCAUCAGAAGGCUUUUGCGUUCAUUUACGGCGUCACUGUCGAUGAGGCAGCCACAGCAGUACUUGUUCCUGGUAUGGCCCAUGUCUUGAACUUGAGGGGGACUGCGCAUUUCAAUCCGGUCGUUGCCGGAAUACAGGCCUUUACUUUGAUGGUCCUCGAUAAUGUCAUCCCUGCGAUAUCCGCGUUCAGGGAUAUGAUUGUUGAUGAUGACCAUCCUCAAGAACCAGAGCUGCGCGCCCUGGCCAGCGAUAAGCUCGCUGCCGAAACUGAGUGGCCGCCGCUGUACGACGAGCAGCAGCUGGCCCUUGAUGACCAUCCUCAAGAACCAGAGAUUGUUGAUGACUAUCCUCAAGAACCAGAGCUUGUUGAUGACUAUCCUCAAGGCACAGACGUUUCAGUCAGCGCGGGUGGAACGAAAGCCAGGGUCGAUGAUGCAGUGAGGGCUGGAUCGGAAGCGUUUGUCCUCGAGCCCUUCUCAGGAAUGGCCGGCCUCAACGAUGGCGGCGCCUUGCCCGAAGGCGUCAACUCUCUGCUUGAUACUGACCUGUACAAGCUCACGAUGCAGUGCUGCGUUCUCAAGUACUUUCCGAACGUAAACGUCACCUACAGCUUCACGAACCGCACUCCCCACAUGCGCUUUACUCGCGCCGCCUACCGCUGGCUCCAAUCGCAAAUUAACAAGCUUGGAAACAUCACCUUUUCGCAAGAGGAGCUCGACUUCCUCAAGAAAAACUGCGCCUACCUCAACGACCAGUACCUUCGCUUUCUUCGGACCUUCCGGUUACACCCCGACACCCAGAUCAAGCUGUCGUUCAAUGCGGACAACGACACCGGUGCGGACGGAGACAUAGGCGACUUGGACCUCAAGACGGAAGGGCUAUGGGUUGAAACGAUAUUGUACGAGAUACCCUUGCUCGCUCUCAUCAGCGAGGCAUACUUCAAGUUCUGCGACACGGAUUGGAGCCACAAUGGUCAGUUGGACAAGGCGUACCAGAAGGGAUUGAAGCUGCUGGAGAAUGGGUGCAUCUUCUCGGAGUUUGGCAGCAGGAGAAGGCGAGACUACCAUACCCAUGAUGUCGUCAUGCAGGGUCUUAUCAAAGCGGCGAAGGAGGCAGAAGGUAAAGGGUGGGCAGGAAAAGUGACAGGCACGAGUAAUGUCCAUUUUGCCAUGAAAUACGGCGUUGCCCCCGUCGGGACAGUCGCGCAUGAAUGGUUUAUGGGAGUCGCGGCCGUGACGAACAACUACGAGGACGCCAACGAAAUUGCCCUCAGCUACUGGGUCGGCACGUUUGGCGAGGGUGUUCUGGGCAUCGCUUUAACCGACACAUUCGGCACACCUGAUUUCUUGAAGGCAUUCAAGAAGCCGAUCCCUAGCUACACGACUGCCGAACCGGGGCCUGCGGCCACUGCGGCCUCAGCGGCCGGGAGCUCCACACUACCCGACACGGCAACGCUCGGGAACACCGAGCCGCCUAUCCAGGCCCCGAUUCGCAAGGGAAAUGGAACCAAUACGGACGUGCCGACAUUUGCCCAGACGUUUACCGGGGUGCGCCAGGACUCUGGAGACCCCAGGGGCUUCAUCAAGAUGAUGCGCGACUUCUAUGACAAGGAGGGUAUCACGGACAAAAAGGUCAUCGUCUUCUCCGACUCGCUCAACAUCGACCUGUGUCUGGAGUACAAACAGGCCGCCGAGGCCCAGGGAUUCCAGCCAACGUUUGGCGUAGGCACGUUUUUGACGAAUGAUUUCGUGCGCCAGUCCACGGGCCAGAAAUCGGUGCCGCUCAACAUUGUCAUUAAGAUAGCGUCGGCAGAGGGCAGGGCUGCGGUCAAGAUCAGCGACAACAUCGGCAAGAACACAGGCGACAAAGCCGUGGUUGCUGACGUUAAGCGGAGGCUGGGCUAUGUUGAGAAGGAAUGGGCGGGCGGCGACGAGCGGACGCGGUGGGGAACGGAGGGUGCUUCAAAGGCUGCCUAA